UGGCUGGCAGAAGGGCUGCCUGCGCCUGGCGGGGCUCCGUCAGCUGCGGGAGGAUCCCUGCGCCGCGUUCGCUGCCAAUUUCCCUGCGAGCUGGCACCGCAGGCGGCUCCGGAGGCACCGGCGGAGAAGGCUGGGGAGGACGGAUUGUGAAAGGGAGAGAGGAGAGAGAGGGAAAAAAAAAAAAAAAAAAAAUGGACACAUGCCAUCGCUGGAGCGGCGAGGCUGCCGCUGCCAAAACGCCAGCAGGCAGCGCGGGGCCAAAACCCGCCGGCGGCAGAGAGGAGGGUCUGGCAGCCCAUCCCAGCGCGGGACACAUGGAGAACGGGCAGCACGGCGGAGGCAACGGCGUGGCCGAGGCGGGACGGGUAGCGGACGAUGGAGCCGGAGAGGAGAGAGAUCCCCAGCCCCGUGGGUGCCGCCUUCCUUGGGGGACAAGGCUACGCUGGACGGAGCAACCCUCAGCCUGGCCCUGGAUGCCACCAUGCCACCCAGCCCUGUGCUGUGGGCUGGGCGAUGUGAUGGAUGUGGAUAUGCCGCCAGUCUGGUCCUUGCUGGGAUGUGCCAAGGACUGCUGGGCACUGAACCUGCUGGGAUGUGGUGACGGGGAUGGGACCCCCCCCCAUGACUCCCCUGCAGCCAUCGGGUUUCAGCAUCCCCAGGAGAAGGAAGGGGUUUAUCCACCCAGAGGCUUAUCCAUCCGAACACCAGUACAUGUGGAGCUUUACCAAACAUGCUCAGGCCCUGCCGGCUGCCUCGGGGGCCAGAAUUGGGCCUGGGGAGGAGAACCGUGCUCCCAGCCACACUCCGGACCGUGGGAGCACGGGAGGCUGACGGAGGCAUCACCCAGCGGGACCUGCAUGGACCCACCGAGGGCUGCGCCAGGAGCUGCUCUGCUCGCCCGAGGCACCAUCAGUCCUAACCCCGACCCCGCUAUCCUGCAUCCCGGGGAUGCUCCAGGGUGGUUGCCCCAUCCCCACCCCAAACUGGGAGCUCUGGGUGCACAGCGCUUGGCUCCGCAGCACGGGGCCAUCCCACCUCUCCAUCCCUGCGCUGGGAAAUCUUGUAACCUGGUUGGUUUUGGAGCGGGAGGUGAGAAGUGGGAGAAGGGUGCCGUGGGGUGCCGCGGGUGCUGCGGGUGCUGCGGCCACGGGUGCCCGGGUGCGGGCAGGACAGCAGGGGCUGCCGGUCACUGCCAGGUUACUUCUGCCGGGGCACGCAAGAGUGACUCCAGAUGCAUUAGAAGUGCCGUGCUCCAAUUUCAAUUUCAUCGUCUCACAAUCAUUUUCAGGCUCCUCUUAGUGCCACAUUAACGAAGCCUGCUCGUUUGAAUGCAUAAUUAGCCCAAGCAUUCUACCUCGCUAAUUUCGAAGCAAGAGCUGGGGGGGGUGGGGGGGGGAAUUUGCAUAUUAAUUUAGCAGAGGGAGAGAAAAACUGUUUACCACUUGCUUCUUGCUGUUGAUCACAGCGGACUUAACUCUUUCCCGGGUGCCAUCUGGAGCUGCAGAGCCAGGCGCCUGGCCGGCACGUGGGACGGGGCGCAAAGGUUACACGGCAGCAAUUAAAUCCUCUCCGUGAUGCUGCCGCCGUCCGGACCACCCUGGUUGCCUAUGCUACUGGGAGCCAACUGGGGCCACUGGGGCUGCAGAUCCUGAGAGCACAGGCCAGGCGAACCGAGGCAGAGGUGCAAGCUUCAAGCCCUCCUCCCCAUGUGGCCCUGGGAUGAAAAGUGCCAUCGUGUCCCCCCCAGGGUGUCAGGGUCCCAUCCUGGGUCUGUCCCUACUAUCCUUGGCAAAGCUGGUGCGGUGCCAGGCGCAGGGAUGCCCAACAGCAUCGCCCCUCCUACGAAGGGUGGCUGGGACCAUGCAAAGAGCACCCUGUCACCCUCGGUGUGUGCCUUCCAAGGGGACAGCUCUGUCCCCACAACCCCCUUGCUUUUAGCAUCACCCACCCAUAAUAUGAUGUUGGAUGCUCACGUGUGCCAUCCCCAACAGCCCUUUCCAACGGUGUGGCUCAUUGGCAUUGGUGUGCAUGGGAUGCCCGCAGACAUGAUGCACCCACGGAGCACCCAUGGUCCAGUGUGGGCAGCCUCACUGAGCACUGACAACUUGCUACACCCCCCCAUCGCCAUCUCCCUUUGUUUGGGAGUCUGUGGGUGUCUUGAGCCGAGGUUGGAGGUAAUUUGUCUGUCUCCUGCAGCGGGCUGUCAUCUUGCAUCUGCCAACCAGUUCCAUUUGCACUGCCAUUAAAAAAUCUCAGAUUUGACAGGUAGUAAAAAAAAUUUUUUAAAAAAGGAGAAAAGCCUAAAAAAAAGAAAAACAGCCCAGCUGAGGAACUCCUGGGCAAUAGGAUGCUGCAAACAUUGUGGGCUCAUUGCAUCUGCGACCACCCUCAAAUCCAGCGGUACCUGGAUUUGAGGACAGUCACAGAUGCAACGAGCCAUAAUUUGGCCUUUGGACCUGCAUACCCAUCUCAUCUGGGCUUUGCACCUCCGUCGCCAUCUUAUCCGGGCUCCCCAAAAGGACUUAAUCACCCCUGGAGAGCCCCUGCCCCAACCGUCCACCCUGUCUUGCUGGCUUGGAGCCAUCCCAGCACGUCACAGCGAUUUGGGGGACAGCCUCCAUCGCUGGCAUCCUGGUCUGGCUCCUGCAUCCACGCUGGCACGGAGAGAUGCACACGGGGUUUAUCCUGCGCCCGUGCAUGCUGCCAGGUUGCGGAGCCGCAUAGCCAGGGGACACCCCGCAUGUGGGUAUGGGGUCUCUGGCAUGGCCAGAGCCGUGCCGGUGCUGCUGCGGCACGUGGGGCUGGCUCGCAGAGGGUUAACAGUU